GACAAUCCCCUUAAAUUAUGAUGCCAAUGCCAUACGUGUAAUCCCACUCCCAUCUCAAUCUUCCCUUCAAUUAAUUUCUCAGCAAGAAAAAAAUUUCUGAAAUUCUUUGCAGCGAUCAUGACGGUGGCGCCGGAAAACUUGAGCCGGGAACAGUGCCUGUACAUGGCGAAGCUGGCGGAGCAAGCGGAGCGGUACGAGGAGAUGGCGAAGUACAUGGACAGGCUCGCGGUCGACUCCGCCAAAUCCGGGCCGGAGCUGACGGUGGAGGAGCGCAACCUCCUCUCCGUCGCGUACAAGAACGUGGUCGGCUCGCUCCGGGCGGCGUGGCGCAUAGUGUCGUCGAUCGAGCAGAAGGAGGAGAGCCGCCGAAACGACGACCACGUGGCGCUCGUCAGGGAUUACAGAUCCAGGGCGAUUGAGUCGGAAUUGUCCGCCGUUUGCGCCCAGAUUCUCGGGAUUCUCGACCAGCAUCUCAUUCCGGCCACCGCGGACUCCUCGGAGGCGAGAAUCUUCUAUAUGAAGAUGAGGGGAGACUACCACCGUUACUUGGCGGAGUUUAAGGUCGGGGAUGAGAAGAAACAAGCCGCCGAGGAAACUAUGGCUGCUUACAAAGCUGCACAGGACAUUGCUGUGGCCAAUCUUCCCUCAACACACCCUAUAAGGCUGGGUUUGGCACUCAACUUCUCAGUGUUCCACUAUGAGAUUUUAAAUGCAUCAGAAAAGGCAUGUGGCAUGGCCAAACAGGCAUUUGAGGAGGCUAUUGCUGAGUUAGACACAUUGGGUGAAGAGUCUUACAAGGAUAGCACUCUUAUCAUGCAACUUUUGAGGGAUAAUCUCACUCUCUGGACUUCUGAUAUACAGGAUCACGGGGGUGCGGCUUGAUAUAUGCAUAGUUUCUUCGAGGAGGCCCGUCAACGAUAUAAUCUAAGGACUAUAUAUAUAUUGUUAUAUAUGUGUGUGUGUGUGCUACUUGUGAAGUGUGUCAACUUAGUUAUAAUUAGUAGGAGGAUUAUUUAUGGUUUAAAACUUGGGUUCAUUAAUUUGAGACCUCAAUUGAGAGUGAUGGUUGACAAUAUCAUUUGCUCUAUUCUCCUUUAAUCAUAUAUAUAUAUUCUCGUGUUCCCCUUCCCUAUUGAUGUGUUUUUUUUGUUACUAAUUCAUAUAUUAAUUAAUUGAUAUUUCUUGC